AUUAAUUUUGUUUGUAUCAAAGUGCUCUCCACGCUAGAGCCCCACUAAAAAUUAACACACCUUGCUCUUAUCGUGGUUGUUAUCAAGAAGUUAGAAGAUUUUCCAAAUUAUCCAUUACAAGUACAUCGGUGGAGUGAUAAGUGUUUGCUGGACUUGUAUCUUUUCUCUCUGUGUUUGUUCGCCUGUCUGUCGUCGACGGUCUCUCGUAUUUCUGCUCGGUGAUAAUUGAAAAGUAGUUGAUUGAACUGCUUCGCAAGGAGGAGACACUCUUCCCCGUACUUGUCCUCAGUGAUCAUUUACCCCAACCUUGGAGUUUACUCUUUGCUAUUAGAGUCAUCCGGACGGCAUGGGUCAUUUUUCACAGCGCCCACCGCUGACUGAGCAGUAGUGAUAAAUUAAGUGAUGACUAUACGCACCAUGAGGAAGUCCUGGCAUUUGUACAACUGACAUUUGCUUAGAUGAAGAAACAAGUGUGGGUGAUUUUAUACACACUUCUAAUUGGAUUCGUGCGGUGUAACAUUGAAAGUGCAGUGGCUCAAAAUGUAGUUAAAACCUCCGCGGCCAUGUCCACAACACCUGGCACAGUCAUCACGGAUUUGCAGGUUGAAGCCGUCUCAGAUCAUGGACACUCCAUACAGUUGUUGAUAAAAUGGAAUGGAACGUAUGCAAAUGAUAGUAAUAUAGACAUUCAUGUCACGCAUGAGAGUAAAAGUAAACACUGCACAUCAAAUCCCUGCUACGAGUACAACAUAAACCCCUUUAUGGGCGAACUACGGAUUCCACAAAAUCCGUCGCACCACAUUGAGCCAAAAAAAUGUGAUUUCGAACCUGGAUGCACAUACUUGCUGGAAGUAAAAACCACCAAUUGGAAGCCAUUAAGCAGUUUAAUUUAUAAAAUACCUGAUUGUGUUGAUGAUAUAUGCUCGUGUUACUACGCCAGUCAACUCCCCAAUGUGACUAUAAGAGGACGCUACAGCACAUUAUCACAGACAAUUGAUAUCGAUUGGAAUAUAACAACGACAUUUCAACUUCCCACUGAUGUCUUUGUGGAUCAUAUUGUCAUAAGCUUAUAUAAUGUGCGAAAUCAGACGCUGCCCCUGCGACUGAAUGUAUUUGAACCACUGGUUGUGCCACUGGUAAUGAAUAACACUAAAAACAGCUCAGCCAAAUUAUUCGGCGUGGCAAAGUACAAGUUACCCAAGAAUGCCACAGAAGAAGGACGAAGGUACAAAUUGGAGGGACACGUGAUAGAUAAUAGAAACUGCAAGAGUACCUACAGUGUGUCCUUUGUGGAGAUACCGGGGAAGGCGCAGCACCAGAAGGAGAACAAUGUUGUGAUUAACAAGGAUAUACUGUGGAUGCUCUUGGCAGUAAUUCCAAUUGCCAUUGUUAUUUUCGUGGCUAUUUACUGUAUAAGAUACCAGAGAAAGCUGAAGAGAAUUAAGCGACUGCACAACUGGCAAGGAAUCUAUCGAACAACGCCAUUCGCCGCUAAGUAUGCCGGAGGACUGAAUCACGUUUCCAUGCAGGAGAAUGUUCUCUAUAUCGAUACAGAUAUUUUGGAAGCUCGAGCACGAGGUGAGGCGGAUUCACUGGAAAUUCCACAUUCAAGUCUCAUAAUUGGACGUGAAAUUGGAAAGGGUGCCUUUGGGCGCGUUUUCAUUGCUCGCGCUGAGAAUAUUGGCAGCAAAAUGGGAUCGCGUGUUGUGGCUGUGAAGCAGCUCAAAAAGAAACCGACAGCUGAUGAACUCGAAGAGUUUCUCAGUGAGAUUGCGACGAUGAAGAAAGUGGGUCGUCAUCCAAAUGUUGUCUCCCUCCUCGGUUGCUGUACAAUCCGUCAGCCACUCCUCAUGGUGAUGGAAUAUGUUGGCUGUGGAGAUUUACUUCAGUACUUGCGACAGGUCCGCGCUAAGCAUGAAGCACGAUCCACCGCUGUUUGUCCAGCUCUGACAACAAAAUCACCCUCUGGAGCUUUUGCCAAACUACUGAACUUCUCCCCAUCAACACCCAAUGGAUUGCCAGCGGGAAUGGCACUCAAAUACCCCGACUUGGCACAACAGGCGUCAAGCUCCAACUCCGACGCCUCGUACAUCACCCAGCCAGACAGCAUCCCAUCGGGCGUGAUGAGACCAUCAGUGACUGAAACCCUCUACACGACCGUGAGUCACAAUGCCGAUCUCUCGGCCUCGAGCGUCGGCUCUCUCGAGUACGUGCUGGAUCACAAGGAGCUGCACAACUUUGCCAUCCAGAUAGCGCGCGGCAUGAGUCAUUUGGAGGAGAGAAAAAUCACACACCGAGACUUGGCUGCACGCAAUAUCCUCAUUGAUGAGCUGAAGACGCUCAAAAUCUCCGAUUUUGGCCUCUCAAGGACGGGCAUUUACGUGAACACACGCAACAAACGUGUUCCUCUACGGUGGCUCUCAAUAGAGGCCGUGCGAGACAAUUUGUACAGCAGCAAGAGCGAUGUGUGGGCCUUUGGCAUUGUGCUGUGGGAAAUCGGCACUCUGGGCGGUUUUCCAUAUCCCACCAUCGGGAACCACGAGCUCCUGUCGUACCUCAUGUCCGGACGGCGGCUGCAGCGACCGGACAACUGCACAGAGGAUCUCUACCGAACGAUGCUGCAGUGCUGGCAGGAGCAUCCGGAGGACCGACCAACGUUCGAUGAGCUCGUGGCGAAGCUGGAGCCGCCGCAGCAGAAAAUCUACAUAGACUUCAAUGACCUGGGGCCAGACUAUGUUUUCCCACCAAUCAGCGAGGAGGCGAAUAAUUGACCCUGCAAGAAGGAAAGCACGCUACAUUCCAUCGAAUUUCGAGACACACAUAUUCAAUAAGAGCUUUACAGCUUGCUAUAGUCACAAAUCACACCAUCAGGAUUCCCAUGUCAA